AUGGUGGCCAACAACACAUCAAACCUCUCCUCGAAGUGUGUCACUUUCACAGAUACCAUAAAUGUGGCUGUCUCAUACCUCUAUUUCUUCGAGUUCCCCAUUGCAUUAUUUCUCAACGGAGUAGCAUCAUGGGUUUCUCUGCACACCUGCUCCACUUCAACUUUCGUCGUGUAUGUAAAAAACCAGCUGGCUGCCAACCUGCUCAUGACUCUGACGCUGCCGCUCAUGGCAGCGAGCAUGCUUCCUGGAGCAACCUUCGAGCUAAGGGCGUUCGCCUGUCGUUAUUCUAACGUAAUCUUCUACUGCUCCCUGUAUGCGGGUAUCUCUUUAACUGGUCUGAUCAGCAUGGACCGAUUCUUCAAAAUCGUGAGACCGUUUGGAAAAGUGCUGGGACAGAAUGUGACGUUCAGUCUGGUGAUGUCCACUCUGGUUUGGGCAGUGUUAGUAGGCACCACGGUCAUCCCAACCAUGAUCCUAACCGACAGGAGCCCUGGUAAUUACUCAGGAGACUUCUGCAUGUCCCUGAAAGGUGCAGCUGGUAAGAAACUGCAUGCAUAUGUGGUUUUAUUCAUGAUGAUUAUUUUCUGGUCCAUCAGCGUAUUGAUCGUAUUUUGCUACAUCUGCAUCACCGUGACGUUUGUGCAGUCCUUCAGAAACUCCAGGAGCAAAAACAGCCAAGGGACGAAGAAAACCAAACUGCGAGUCUUUUUGACCGUCCUGGUGUUUUUUGUGUGUUUUAUGCCCCUCCACAUAACGCGCAUUCCUGUUACCCUACAAUAUGAAUUCUCUGACGAUGAAGUCUGCGAUAAUGAAAUGUGGUUGGAGAUUGCUCAUAAAAUAGCCCUGUGGAUGUCUACCACAAAUAUUUGUCUGCACCCUCUUCUCUACAGCUACCUGAGCAAAGAGUACAGAGACACAAUGGUCAACAUUCUGAAAGCUGGAGGGAAGCUUGUUGGGUUGUAUUCAGCUGAGAAUGAGGAUGUUUCCUGUGAUAAAAAAGUCAGAGAUUGA